GAACGGCGUCAAUCAAACGAAGCACAUCUUCUUCUUUUCAGGUGGACUUCCCCUGCGUCCAAAUUCUCUGUUACCUGUGCACCUAUUAUCCUCUUCCCUCUUCUCCAUCUCCUCUCUUUCUUGCAAUGUCAACUACCCCAAUAAGAAUCGCACCAUUUCGGUCCCCGCCGGCUCUCCUACACCUCAACUCAUUGAAAUCUUCAAAGCUUUUGUGUUUUAUCACUUUCACUCCGAGUACACAUGUACAGAGACCACCUAUAAUAAGUACUUCUUUCUCUUACUCUUCGCCUCACCGGCCUUCUCGCCGCUCUCUUAACUACUUGAACUUCGCCUCCUACGAAGAAUCGAUCGAGACAGAGAUCAAGUCCGAGGAAACAGAGGAUGCCCUAGAAUCCGAGAUUCUGGAAAAUCCAGAUAGUUUAGAUGAUGUUACCGAAGCUGAACGUGAGGGUGAAAAUAGUGUCACAGAGGAAGCUAAAUCAGGGAUCUUUAGUUUGCUAAGGUCUUACAAAGAAGCUGUAUUGAAUAAUAAUGAGUCCACAAUCACUGAAAUAGAGGAGGUUUUGAAGUCCAUAGAAGAUGAAAAAGUUGAACUGGAAAAGAAGGUGGUUGCUUUGUCUGAGGAGUUAUCUAAUGAGAAGGUUCGUGUUUUAAGAAUUAGUGCAGACUUUGAUAAUUUCCGGAAAAGAACAGAGAGGGAACGACUUUCACUUGUAACAAAUGCUCAAGGAGAGGUUGUGGAGAAACUCCUACCCGUCUUAGAUAAUUUUGAGCGAGCAAAGACACAGAUCAAGGUGGAAAAUGAAGGAGAGGAGAAAAUAAAAAACAGCUACCAGAGCAUAUCUAAGCAGUUUGUGGAGACCUUGAAUUCUCUUGGUGUUGAGUCUGUGGAAACUGUAGGCAAACCCUUUGAUCCCUUGCUCCAUGAAGCCAUCAUGCGUGAAGAAUCCAUUGAAUACACAGAAGAUAUCAUAAUAGAAGAAUAUCGCAAAGGGUUCAAACUUGGUGACAGACUUUUAAGACCUUCAAUGGUGAAAGUAUCAGCUGGUCCCGGCCCUGUUGUGGCUGAACCAGAAAUAGAAGAUGAUGUUGAAAUAACUGCCGAAUCUAUUGACGAGGAGGAGUAACUGCAAUUUCAUUUGUCUAAACAUUUAUUUAUUCAAAUCCAGCUUUAUUAAGGCCAAUGUUGUAUUAUUGUUCUUUAGAAACUUUUGUGUUUCUUUUUUAAUUUUAAUACUUUGGUUUGCUUGCUCAUAAGAUCUGCCUAAAGGACAUAUUGGUGGAUGAUCAUAGAUUUUCAAUAAUGGUUGUGAAUUAGUUUCAAAACUCAAGGACUUAGGUAUUGAAUUGGUUUGUUACUGGAAUUUUUUUUUUAAUUAU